AUGCACAAACUAUCACAUUUACGAAGACGUGGAUUACCAGCUGAUGCAAUAGGUGAAAUUAGCGAAGACGAGGAAGAGCCUACCACUCGAAAAGAAGUCGAUUUAAGUGACGACGAAGACGAGUACCAUUCUGGUUUUGAAGCCAAUAGCAGCAGUGAUGAAGACUCAGAUAUCAACAGUGAAAAUUCACAAAGUGAUUUUGAGAACGAGGACAAGAACAGUUUAAACUUGAAACAUUCAAGUAAUCCUGUCGGCAGUAACAAUAAUGGUCAUAAUGAGGAGGCGUCAAACAAAACCAUUUUAACAAAAAACAGAAAAAAUUCCAAUUCAAACCUUCAAAACAAUUGCCUAGAUACCGAUGAAAUUCACAAAACCGAUUCAAACAUAGUUGAUGACGAAUCUGAACAUGAUAAUAAUCAUAAUCAAUCGACAAAAACCACACAAACAAGGCAAGAUUAUAGGAAAAAACUUGCAGAGGACCCAUCAUACGUUCCUAAAUUUGGAUACUUUUGGGGUCAUGAUGACCGAUUUGUCAAGGAAGAAGCUGAAAAUCUUCAAGAUAAUAAUAACAAAUUUAGAAAAUUCCCAUCAAGAAAUAAAGGAGGGUUCAAAAAUCCCCCAACAGAAAAUCAAUGGGGACAUGAUGGAUAUGAAGAAUUGAUACGCAAAUCGUCAUUGGACCACCAUAACACUAACAACCACCGUCCCAACAGCAGUAACCAAUAUCACAAUAAUAGUCGGCAUCACAAUAAUAACUACCAUUACGAUGAUAACUACCAUCACAAUAAUAACUACUAUUACGAUGACAAUUACUAUUAUGAUAAUAACUACCGUCACGAUAAUCAUCACAAUUAUAGUAAUAACUACCGUCACGAUAAUAACUACUAUCACCGUUACGAUAAUAAUCACCGUCAUAAUAAUAACUAUCGUCAUGCUAAUGGAAAUAAUUAUAAUCAUAAAAAUAAAAGCGCCUCAUACGAUGAAGAUUUUAACGAUGAUGAUGUAGUUAAGAAAAAAGAACCUUUACAAAAUGAUAUUUCACCUUUAAAGGACGAAGCGGUUGAGAAGAAAGACGCUAUAAAUGAAUUGGAAAUUGCAUCCAAUGAAGAAGAUGCUCCAGAAAUAACUACAUGUAUCCAUCAAGAAAAGGAAAUUGAUAAUGUUGAGCAAAAAGAAAUGAAAAAUACGAAUAUGAAAUCUAUCGAAUCAAAAAAUAACGCAAGUACCCAACCAGUUGAACCAUCUACUACCUCAACAGCAUCUUCAUCCAAAAGAUAUUCUUCAAGAAGGGAUACUGAGAUAGUUACUCAUAAGCACCAACAAUCAUCAAAUGGAAAAAUGGACAAGAAAAAAAUGUGGUCCUUGGAUGAUUUUGAACUUGGUGCUCUGCUUGGAAGUGGAAGAUAUGGAAAGGUUUAUAAAGCGAAUGAAAAGUUAAGCGGUAAAACUGUUGCAAUAAAAUUGUUAUACAAAAAAGAAAUAAGAGAUGCUAAAAUGGAAGACCAAUUGAGACGCGAGGUUGAGAUUCAAGUUAGUUUAAGACACCCCAAUAUUCUUCGUUUAUAUGGAUAUUUCUUUGAUGAGAAACACGUAUGCUUAAUCCUGGAAUUUGCUGAAAAAGGUGAAUUAUAUAAUAGUCUAAAAAAAUAUGGUAAAUUCCCUGAACGAAAAGCUGCACGUUACGUUUCUCAAAUAUCAGAUGCUUUGAUUUAUCUCCAAAAGAACCAUAUAAUUCACCGAGAUAUGAAACCGGAAAAUAUACUGUUGGCAGCUGAUGGCAGAAUCAAGAUAUCAGAUUUUGGAUGGGCUGUUCAACAUACCAAUCCUGAUGUAAGACGCCAAACCUUUUGUGGCACUCUUGAUUAUAUGGCUCCUGAAAUGAUUAGAACUAAAGAAGGUUAUGAUUUGAAAGUUGAUUCAUGGGCUCUUGGUGUCUUGUGCUAUGAAUUUUUGAUUGGAGCACCACCAUUUGCAGAUUCACCUAAUACAUAUGAAACUUUUGAGAGAAUAGUGAGGGUUGACUUCCAAUUUCCUGAUGAACUAUCGCCCGAGGCUAAAGAUUUAAUUUCUUCGCUAUUAUGUCGAGAUCCUAAACAACGUAUACCACUUGAAGACGUUAGUAAACAUCCUUGGAUUGUGAAAAAUUUAAAGUAUUUGAAAUCAUUAAGUUAA